AACGCAGAGACCGUGGCCCCGAGCGCAGUCUGAGCCACUCACCACACAACCCAGAGUCCCAGAGCCGACUCAGCUCCAAAGCCAAGAGCACCAUAUACAUGGCAAAGAAAACCAACGACUCUCAGGAACCAGUCUCUUCUUCCUCCACCAACGCCCCAGAGGAAGCUUCCACUCGGAGAAUGGUGUUGAGGGUCAGACGAAGCGAGGCGACAGAGAGGUUAUCAAGCUUAAUCAGAGCUGAGGAGAAGGAAAAGAGGGUUGUUUCAGUUAAAAGGUCAAAAACCAAGCAGAAGAAAAAAGGUGCUAAAAUUGAUGCCAAGAUGCCCAAGAAACCACCAACUGCAUUCUUCUAUUUCUUGGAGGACUUCCGCAAGGAAUUUCAAGAGCAAAAUCCAGAAGUCAAGACUAUGCGUGAGGUUGGAAAGGCAUGUGGAGAGAAGUGGAAGACAUUGACAUAUGAGGACAAGGUCAAAUACUAUGAUAUAGCCAUGGAGAAACGAGCCGAGUUUGACAAGGCCAUGUCAGAAUAUAUCAAGAAAAAGGAAAGUGGUGAGGGUGACGAAACUGAGGAUGAUGAAGAUUACUAUAUCUGACAAACAUGUAUCAAUGGGAUGAAAGUAAACCAUUUGUAUACUAAUCAUCUGUCCAUUAAACAACUGUCAACGCUUGUAUUAUUCUUGUCUAUAUCUGUUCAGAAUUGGAUUUCAGUAGUGAGAAUGCAGAUUUCACAGUUGGUUGUGUGCUUUAUUCAAUGGAAAGAUAACUAUACCAACUGGAUUUUAGUAGUGAGAAA